AUGGAGGGAAUGCAGACGCUGGGGCAGGCGCUGGGGGUGCUGGUGUGCACUUUCCAGCACUACUGCCGGAAAGAAGGCGACAGAUCCACUCUCAGCAAAGGAGAACUGCGGGAGCUUUUGGAAAAUGAGCUCCCCAGUCUGAGAACUCUACAAAUCAAAGACGGAGCCCUUGAGGAGCUGAUGGCACUGCUGGAUACCAACAAGGACAACCAAGUCGACUUUGAAGAGUACAUCCGCUUUGUGGCUGCGGCUUGCACCUUCUUCCACGACUUCUUCCGGGAUGCGCCUGCGGUCCAGCCGCGGGUGCAGUAA